AUGAGUGAUCUCUUCGAAGAAGAGCUUAAAAGGAAUGAAAAAGUCCGAACAGUGAUGCUCGCGCCUCUGCGCGGAAUUUCCAUCCUCGCGUAUACAUAUUCCGGCAUUAUACUUAUCGUAGUUGUGACGUACCUGAUGCCAUCGUUCGUCAUUAUCAUCCGCGGCAUGUUUCAUUUAUAUUUAUCUACAAACUAUACUCUACCAUAUAGCAGAGGAUACGGAUACUUUUGGACUGUUCCCAACAAUUUCCUACGGCAUUUUCAUCUACUUUUCGAAUGGUGGGCGAUAAUAACGCACGGUGUCACCAAUGCCAGUAUAGAUUGUGCUUUCGGUUUUUAUAUCUACCUGCUGGCCUCGACGAUGCGUGCCAUGACCUUCAGACUCACGAAUCCAUUAGCUACUGAGAAGUACUCCGACGUGCUGAGGAUAUGUGUGGCGAAGCACCAGAAGCUAAUUCAAUACCGCGACACGCUGAAGCGAAUUUAUAGCGUGAUAAUCCUCUGGCACAUCGUCACCAACGCCGUACUCCUUUGUGCGCUGAUAUACGAGGCGUUGCAACUUUCAGACAUCACCAUCCGUAUAAUAUUUAAUAUUAUAUCAUACGCUGUGGUAAAAUUCCUCCAAACGUUUACAUAUGCCUGGUAUGGUACUGUCAUCACAAAUGCCGACGAAAAUUUUCGAAAUGGGAUAUACUUUAGUGAGUGGCCUAAUUUUGGUCUCAAUCGUCACAUGAGAACAAACAUUCUUUUAAUAAUGAUGCAAAAGCCGAUGAUUAUUAAAGUGUUUUCCGUCUCUGUCGAUGUUCUCAUAUUCACCAAUUUUGUGAAUACUACAAUGUCCUAUUUUUUUUAUUGAAAUCUAUCGACGACAAAAGUGCAUGAAGAUAUCAUCUCUCACAAUUCGUUUUCUAUUAGUAAACUUGUAAUAUUAUUGUAAUAUUAAGGAAAUAUACAGUUGAGGAAAUGCAGUCAAAACAUAAGUGAUAUCUUUUAUUAUAUUAAAAAUAUUGUUACACAUUCACUUUCAUAGAAUAACACUGGUAUUAUCUAGACUUAGAAAUAAAAAAUUAUUAGCAUGAAAAUUUGUAU